UCAUCGCGAUAGCUGCCACCUCAGUGCGGGAUGGCCGCGGAGCCGGGUGGAAGUGCUCCGCGGCUCCGGGAGCCGGCUCUCGGGGCCGAGACAUGGCCUGGGGCCCCUGCCAGCUAAGCCGGCCUCACCCGGACAGUGUCGCCAUGCCCAAGAGAGGAAAGCGGCUCAAGUUCCGGGCCCACGACGCCUGCUCGGGCCGAGUGACCGUGGCGGAUUAUGCCAACUCGGAUCCGGCGGUGGUGAGGUCUGGACGGGUCAAGAAAGCCGUGGCCAACGCUGUUCAGCAGGAAGUAAAAUCUCUUUGUGGCUUGGAAGCCUCCCAGGUUCCUGCAGAGGAGGCUCUUUCCGGGGUGGGUGAGCCGUGUGACAUCAUGGACAGCAGUGAUGAGAUGGACAUUCAGGGGGAAAGCACUCAUGAAAGAUCAGUCUCCAGAAAAAAGAAAAGCAAGAGACACAAAGAAGACCUGGAUGGGGCUGGAGAAGAGUAUCCUAUGGAUAUUUGGCUGUUGCUGGCUUCCUAUAUCCGUCCUGAGGACAUUGUGAAUUUUUCCCUGAUUUGUAAGAAUGCUUGGACUGUCACUUGCACUGCUGCCUUUUGGACCAGGUUGUACCGAAGGCACUACUCGCUGGAUGCUUCUCUGCCCUUGCGGCUGCGCCCAGAGUCCAUGGAGAAGCUGCGCUGUCUCCGGGCAUGUGUGAUCCGAUCUCUGUACCAUAUGUAUGAACCAUUUGCUGCUCGAAUCUCCAAGAAUCCAGCCAUUCCGGAAAGCACUCCCAGCACACUGAAGAAUUCCAAAUGCUUACUUUUCUGGUGCAGAAAGAUUGUUGGAAACAGACAAGAACCAAUGUGGGAGUUCAACUUCAAGUUCAAAAAACAGUCCCCUAGAUUAAAGAGCAAGUGUAUGGAACGGCUGCAGCCACCCAUUCAAUAUGAGGAUGUUCAUACCAACCCUGACCAGGACUGCUGCCUGCUACAGGUUACCACCCUCAAUUUCAUCUUUGUUCCUAUUGUCAUGGGAAUGAUAUUUACCUUGUUUACUAUUAAUGUGAGUACAGACAUGCGGCAUCAUCGAGUGAGAUUGGUAUUCCAGGAUUCUCCUGUUCGUGGUGGUCAGAAUCUGCGCAGUGAACAGGGUGUGCAAGUCGUCCUGGACCCAGUACACAGUGUUCGGCUCUUUGACUGGUGGCAUCCGCAGUAUCCAUUCUCCCUGAGAGCAUAGUUACUGCUUCCCAUCCCUUGGGACAGCUCCCAUUCUAGUCCGAGUCUGUAAUCAGAUUCUGUUGGAGGGGCAGCUGGAUUGUAUAUCUGAUUAGUGAUGCACAUGCUGUUGGGAUCCUGGGACUCCUAUUACAGGAGGUGGAAAGGUUGAAUCAAGAGGAAAAACACCUAUGAUUUAUAAACAUUUUCAUGUAAAAUUUGCAUAUUUGAAAGGAGAAACCCGGCCUCAUUUUUUGUGUUAAACCCCAGUUGGUGCUGUUGAGCUUGUUCUUUAUUUCAUCUCAACAAAAAUGGAUGAGCUUGCGCCAGGGAAAAAUUAGACACUUAACUUUUCAAGCAAGGAAAUUUUCCCUUGUGGAUUGCAGGAACCCAGAGGUUUAAAAUGGUUGCUCCAUUGUUGCUGCUCCUCAAAUUCAAGUGAAUAUUUUUUCUUUUCCCUUUACCCUUCUCCAGAAAUAAAGCAGGCGACAGGGUUGUCAGAAUCUUACAAGAUUGACUUGUGCAUCUUUUAAAAAAAUGUUUUUUGGAUAUUUAUUACAUGAAUAUUGAUUGUUUUGCUGGUUUUGUAUUUUGGGUUUUUGCUUUACUGCAUGAGACUGAUAGUGAUGGUAAUGAUUAUGUGCCCCUGGUACUGUCCUAAGAGCUUUAUAUAUUGUGUCUCUAAUCCUUGUGUCUUGCAAGGUAAUUGAAAUCCUUCCCAUGUUAUGGUUGAGAAGCUGAAUCAUUUGAAUCAUUGACUUACCCAAGGCCAGAACUGCUUAUCCCUGCAGAGUGAGGAUUCUGACCCAUGUCUUUUUUGCUAUGCCACAACUCCAAAGGCCAGCCAUUUUUCUUGUGGUACAUAGUGUUAAAAGGGAGUGGGCAGAAUGUGAUAAAUAAAAAAGUAAAGAAUGAGUUAGUUUGACUCUUUCAGAUAGACAUGCAUUAGCUGAAAGGUAAAACACAGUUUAGGAAGAAUUGUGGUGUUUGCAUUAAACUAUUAGAAAGCCUUUAUGCUAAAGGUCAUUUUCAAAAAAAAAAAAAAAAAGCAUUGCAUGUUGAAACCAGCCUUAAACUAGAAGCAAUUAGUGGCUUUUCUCUGCCCUGUCUGGUACUUUGCAACCUUUGUUUUUGUUUUAAAAUCAUCCUGUGUGCUUUCAGGAGCCUGGUCUUCUGCCUGUAUGGGAACAUUGGCAUCCUCCUUUGGUCAGUCUCUUGCUGUCACUGGUAUGCUCUGAGAAAAGGAUCAUGGGUGGGUUUUUGUUUAUUCUUUUGCUAAGAAGAGAACCUUGUUUCCUUUUCCCACCUUGAUGUGGCAGGAGGUAGGCAGUAAGACAAUAUCCUUACACUCAAAAUUCUGAGUUAAACCCCUUGCACAGCAGUCCAGCCUCCCUGCCCCACAAAAAGGAGACUUCUUGAGACAGGGUCUUGCUAUGUAGCCCAGGCUGGCCUUGAAUUUAAUCCUUUUACGAUAGCUUCCUGGAAUGUUGGGAAGACAAUAUUCUUUAAACAUAAAAUUAUUGUGGGGUGAAACUACUGUGAGCUAAACUGCUAAGUUAGUGUGUUGUUUUUAUCACUCCCACCCAUGCUCGGAAAAGAACUUUCUUAAGAAGCAUCUGUUUAAGACUGUUUCUGACAGCUAGCCUUACCCCACACUGAGGUUCGGGAAUACUAACAUUGGUUGAUCAGAAAGUGAGCCUGGGUCAGUAAAAAAGACAACCAGAAUUUGGGUACUUAACAAAAACAAACAGAAACCCAAGGGCAAUGAGCCCUUUACAGAUCUCUGCGAUCAAAAGUUGUCUCUUUAAAGCAGAAAAAAAAAAGAAGCACAGUCUGGAGUCCUUGAAAAAAACGAUGCCCUGGACAGGGGGAUGUUGUCCUUGUGGGUGUGUGUCUCCCAUUUAGGUUUACUUCAGGGGUGAAAUAAAUGUGGCUUAAUAAUU